CGCGACCCUCCAACAAACAUGGCCGCUACGAUGCACUCAAAAAAGCGGGUUUGUUACUACUACGAUGGGGACAUCGGCAACUACUACUAUGGCCAGGGCCAUCCCAUGAAGCCCCAUCGCAUGCGGAUGACGCAUAAUCUGAUCCUCAAUUAUGGGCUCUACCGAAAGAUGGAAAUUUAUCGACCACACAAGGCAACACAGGAAGAGAUGACCAAGUACCACAGCGAUGACUACAUUCGCUUCCUGCGUAGCAUCCGGCCGGACAACAUGUCCGAGUACAACAAACAGAUGCAGAGAUUCAAUGUUGGGGAAGACUGCCCCGUUUUCGACGGCCUGUACGAAUUCUGCCAGCUGUCCACAGGCGGCUCUGUAGCUGGUGCAGUGAAAUUGAACAAGCAGGCGACGGACAUCGCGGUGAACUGGGCAGGUGGCCUUCACCACGCCAAGAAGUCUGAAGCGUCUGGCUUUUGCUACGUGAAUGACAUCGUCCUGGCCAUUCUAGAGCUGCUCAAGUACCACCAGAGGGUGCUGUAUAUAGAUGUUGACAUCCACCACGGUGAUGGCGUAGAAGAGGCCUUCUACACGACAGACAGAGUCAUGACUUGCUCCUUCCACAAAUACGGGGAGUACUUCCCGGGCACGGGCGAUCUCAGAGAUAUUGGAGCAGGCAAGGGCAAGUACUACGCUGUCAACUUUCCUCUCAGGGAUGGCAUCGACGACGAGUCGUACGAGAGCAUCUUCCAACCGCUGAUCUCAAAGGUGAUGGAGAUGUACCAACCGAGCGCCGUGGUGCUUCAGUGCGGUGCUGAUUCCUUGUCGGGCGAUCGGCUGGGUUGCUUCAACCUGACUCUGAAGGGCCACGGCAAGUGUGCAGAGUUUGUGCGCCGCUACAACCUGCCCCUGCUUCAGUUGGGUGGAGGUGGCUACACAAUCCGCAACGUGGCACGCUGCUGGACAUACGAGACGGCCGUUGCUCUGGGUGUUGAUAUCGCCAACGAGCUGCCGUACAACGACUACUUUGAGUACUUUGGCCCGGACUUCAAGCUGCACAUCAGUCCUUCCAACAUGGCCAAUCAAAACACACCAGAGUACCUUGAAAAGAUCAGGACUCGACUCUUUGAGAACCUCCGUAUGCUGCCUCAUGCACCUGGUGUCCAGAUGCAACCCAUUCCCGAGGACGCCAUGGACCAGGAGAGCGAGGACGAAGACAAGGUGAACCCGGAUGAGCGAAUCAGCAUCCGAGCGUCGGAGAAGCGCGUCGCGUGCGACGAGGAGUUCUCCGACUCGGAAGACGAGGGCGAAGGCCGCCGGGACAACCGCUCACACCGACCCAAGAAGCACCGCAAGGGGCCUGCUCCCGGGUCUGCUGGGGCGGCGACUCCUGGUGCGAAUGCAGCCGCCACACCUGGCGGUGGAGCUGCCGUCGCACCUUCGCCCACGGGCGGUGACGACGAGGCCCGGACGUCACCUGCCGUGGACGUCAAGGCGGCUGUGCCCGCCGGUGGGGAUGGACCACAGGCUCUGAAGAAAGACGUUGAUGAUAAGGAUGACAAAAAGAUGGACACCUCGUCAUCAGAUAAAGAUGCAAAGCCAUGAAAAGUAGGGGAUGUUCCUUUCACUCGUAUCUCACGAAAGAAGAAGAGGGGGACAGGAACAAGCAUACCUUUCUUUAUUCGCCCCUCCCCUUCCUCAGCAUCCGCAGCUGUCGGGAGAAUCAAAAAUAGACACCUCUCGGCGCGACGGUGCAUGAAUCCCGGCAAAGACGAAGCCGUUACAACCUGUGAGGGAUUCGCAGUAGCUGUAUUUAUCGGACUCUUCGGAAGAAGAGACAAAAGCAGUUUUUAAAGUCGCAUCACUCUUUUCCCAAACUCUGUCCCCCCCACUUAUGUCUGUACUUGUUGUCCCUCUCAUCGAAACGCAUUUCUUCUCACGCUCGUGUUUUUCCAGUCCCACCACGGUGGUGCAUUUCCAUGUGUACAAAGUGUUCAACUCGUCAUAUAAGAAACACCCUCUGUCUAUACCUUGCUUCGUUAUGUUGGCAUUUCCCUCCCCCCCUUUUUUUUGUCUCCCUCAAGAGCAUGUUGUGAGUUUUAGAAAUGGAGGUUCUUAAGAGCAAAUGGAAAGAAAACACCAACGUGCGCCGGUGGCCCUCUGGAGUGGCGGGCUACAAAAUUGGAGUCUCUGGUGCAUUUCAGGGUUUCUUAGUCUGCUUUUGUGGAAGUGAAUUUCAGUCGUGUCUGCCGUUAAUUAAACAACCUUUGGGAUGAA